AUGUCAAGCAAGCCAAAGGAGGUCGACGCGGUCGUCGUCGGCGGAGGGUUCGGCGGCAUACGGCUCGUCCAUCUCUUGCUACACAAGCUGCACUUUCAGAACGUCGUCGCCAUCGAGAAGGGCAGCGAACUGGGCGGCACCUGGUAUUGGAACCAGUACCCGGGAGCUCAGACCGACACGGAGAGCUGGGUGUACCGCUUCUCCGACGACCGCGACCCGCCCAAGUGGGACACGCGCUACCUGAAAGCCGAAGACCUCCAAGUGCAGAUCGUCGACACGGCCAGGAAGUCGGACGUGCUGAAAAACUACAUCUUCGACAACGAAGUCGUCUCGGCGCACUACGACGCGGCGAGCAACCGGUGGCUCGUCGCGACCGACAAGGGGCUCGAGUUUGCGGCGACCUACUUCCUCACGGCGCUGGGCAUCCUCACCAAUCCGUACGUCCCGGAUUUCCCCGGGCGCGAAUCGUUCAAGGGCGUCUCGUUCCAUUCCGCGAGGUGGCCCAAGGGUCUCGAUGUCCGGGGUAAACGCGUCGCGGUGAUCGGCACCGGCCCGUCCGGGAGCCAGAUCACGGCAGCGAUUCACCCCCUGGUCAAGAACAUCACGGUGUUCCAGCAACGGGCCCAGUACAUCGUGCCCGUCAACGACCGGCCGGUGUCCGAGGAAGAAAAGAAGGACAUCUACGCCAACUACAACGGGAUCUGGGACACGGUGUUCAACUCCCUGUUUGCCAUGGGCUUCGCGGAGAGCCAGCGGUCGGCGCUCGCCGUGUCCGAGGCGGAGCGGAACGAGGUGUACGAGCGCAUCUGGAACAAGGGGGGCGGCUUCCGCUUCUUCUUCGAGACGUUCAACGACCUCGGGACCGACGUGGACGCGAACGAGACCGCGGCGGCCUUCGUCCGCGGCAAGAUCGCGGAGAUCGUCAAGGACCCCGAAACCGCCAGGCUACUGCAGCCCAAGGGACACUACGGAGGCCGCCCGUUGUGCACGCAGGGGUACUACGAAGCGUUCAACGAGCCCAACGUCUCCCUCGUCGACAUAUCCAGCAACCCCAUCGCGGCCGUCACCCCGACGGGACUGGAGCUCCGGGACGGGCGGUCCCUUGACGACUUCGACGUCAUCGUCUACGCCACGGGCUUCGACGGCGUCGACGGCGCGUACCACAACAUCGACAUCACCGGCCGCGACGGCCUGAAGUUGACCGACGCCUGGAAAGACGGCGCGAACGCCCUGUACGGCGUCAGCGUCUCCGGGUUCCCCAACUUCUUCACCGUCACCGGGCCCGGCGGCCCGUUUGCAAACAUGCUCCCCUCGAUCGAGCUGCAGGGAGAUUUCAUCGUCAGCCUCAUCGACGAGGUGGACAGCAGGAAGAAUAAAAUCCGGGAGGACGGCGACCACGACAACAACAAAGGUAGGGCCGGCGGGCGCGGCGGCACGGUCGAAGCGGAUGGCCAGGCCCAGAAGGAGUGGGCCGCCACCGUCCAGGCCAUUUCCAGGGCGACCGUGUUCGACAAGGUCAAGUCGUGGAUCCAGAACGACAACGUCGAGGGCAAGAAGAAGUACAGUGCCUUCUUCCUGGCCGGCUUGCAGAGCUACAUUGCCAAGUUGACCGAGGAGAAGGAGUCGCGGUAUCCCUCGUUCGUGUUUGCCCAGUAG